UUCAAGCACCAACUUCUACUGGAACUCUCUCAACCAACGCGUUCACCACAACUAAACGCAAACGAGAAUCGAAAGCGCUCUGAGAUCUGAAUCCCACCUCCCGUGCUUCAAAGUUCGAACCCUUUCAUUCUCAUCGAUGGCGCUGAACUUUAACUCACGCACCAGAGUAGUCGCUUUGUUCUCGGUGCUUUUAUGCUUAGCGAGUCACCUCGUUCCUAUAGCAGAAGCGUUAUGGCUAACCGUUCCGAGCUCGGGUACGAAGUGCGUGUCGGAGGAUAUACAGACCAACGUCGUCGUUCUGGCCGAUUACUACGUGGUCGAAGAGGGCGCUCAGCCCCACCACACUCCCACUAUCUCUGCUCGGGUAACAUCACCUUUUGGUAACAAUCUUCACCACCAAGAAAAUGCAACCCAUGGUCAGUUUGCGUUUACAACCACCGAGUCUGGGAACUACUUGGCUUGUUUCUGGCUAGAUGGCCAACAUGAAGGAGGUGUAGAGACAACCCUUAGCCUUGACUGGAAAACUGGAAUUGGGGCUCGGGAUUGGGAAUCAGUUGCAAGGAAAGAGAAAAUAGAGGGUGUUGAACUUGAGUUGCGAAAACUUGAGGGAGCUGUACAAGCCAUCCAUGACAAUCUCAUUUAUCUCAAGCAGAAGGAAGCAGAUAUGAGGGAAGUCAGUGAAUCAACCAAUGGUAGAGUGGCAUGGUUUAGUAUCAUGUCCCUUGGAGUCUGCUUUCUGGUUUCAGUUUUUCAGUUGUGGCACCUGAAGCGCUACUUUCAAAAGAAGAAGCUUAUAUAGACCUUACUCUUCUAUUGAUUUUCUAAUGCAAAUAUGCAGCUGACUUAAGAGUGGAAAAUCAGGAGUUUUGUAUCCUUGUUGUACCAUAGUUGUUCUUUUAGAGGGCGGGGAGGCGCUUGCAGGAGUAUAAAUUGUAGGUUUAAGAUUGGUUUUUAAUACGCUAAAGGAGAUCAUGUUUUACCCACGGAUUCAUAUCAUUAUGUGCUCCCUUUCAAAAUCAAUUUCUAAAAUAACUAGAUAUCUUCUUCA